AUGGGCCGUCUUGCGGGUAAAAACGCCGUCAUUACCGGCGCCGCCGGUGGCAUUGGCCUCGAAACCACCAUCCUCUUUGCCAGAGAAGGUGCCAAUGUGCUCAUGGCCGACAUCUCCGAGCCCGCGCUGGAAAAGGCCCUGGCCAAGGUCAAGCAGCUCGUUCCCGCGGCCAAGGUCGAAACAAGGAAAUGUGACGUCUCCAAAGAAUCCGAUGUCCAAGCCCUCGUCCAGUCCGUCGACUCCUGGGGCGGCCUCGACAUCAUGUUCAACAACGCCGGCAUAAUGCACGCCAAGGACGACGACGCCGUCAACACCCCCGAGGACAUUUGGGACCUCACGCACAACAUCAACGUCAAAGGCGUCUGGUUUGGCUGCAAGCAUGCCGUGCUAGCGCUCCGCCGCCACAAAAAGAACAAGGGCAGCAUCAUCAACACCGCCUCCGUCGUCGCCCUCGUCGGAGCCGCCACCCCCCAGCUCGCCUAUACCGCCUCCAAGGGCGCCGUCCUGGCCCUGACGCGUGAGCUGGCCAUGGUCCACGCCCGCGAGGGCUUCCGGUUCAACAGCCUGUGCCCCGCGCCGCUCAAUACCCCGCUGCUGCAGGACUGGCUGGGCGACGACCAGGCCAAGCGUCACCGUCGCGAGGUGCACUUCCCCAUGGGUCGCUUUGGCGAGGCUGUCGAGCAGGCCCAUGCCGUCGUGUUUUUGGCCAGUGAAGAUGCCAGCUUCGUCAAUGGCCACGACUUUGUGGUUGAUGGCGGCAUGACCAAGGCCUACGUUACCCCCGAGGGUCCUCCUGCUGCCGUCCCUCAGAACAAUGCUUCCAAGAAUUCCUUGGAGUGA